UUUUAAAGAGUAAUUAGCGGCCUUUAAGUGCUACCAUUUUUAUAAAACAUAACUGAGCUGACUUGUACAAAGCUAUAAGCAGUUUGAAAUAUCGAAGUAUAAGUUACUUACUGCAUAAAUUUGAUGCGGCUGUCAAAUUAGUCAAAGUUGUGUUAAAGCUAGAAACCCACACAAAGCUGCAACAGUAGAAUCCGGGUUGUCCAAUAUCAGCAUACCCUCAAAUCCUCAAAAUGGACAGUGAGGAUGAUCUGGACAUUCUGACUGCACUGAUUGAAGAGAGCGAGGGCAUCGGAGGAGAGCAGGCAGAUGACUUGGAUGGCCUGUUUGAUGAGGACAAUGAUGAGUACAAAGAUGGCAUUGAAGAGACAGAGGACACAGUUUCUGAUCUGUUUGGAGAUGUAGAUGACAUUGAAAAUGAAGAGAGCAAUACUCAAGGAAAAGAAGGUGCAGAAGAAGUCUCAGAGACCCUGAACAAGUCCAAGGAAGAUUUGCAAGAGGAGCUCAGGCAGAUGCAGGAGAAGAUGAAGCAAUUGCAGCAGCAGCUUGAUUUGAGCCAGAAGGCUUCAACAUCAUCUCCAACUCCAGCCAAGACCACAGAGAGCACUAAAGGUCUCAAAACAACACCCCCCCGACAGCCGACCUCUAAAUUAAACCCAGUUAAACCAGCUGUUUCCACACAAAAGACAAAGACACAAGCAGGAGUGGCAUCUUCAUCCGCUCCAGUUAGAGGAGCAAACUUAAAGCUCCAGGAAUCAUCAGAUUUUUCUGCUCAGCUCAACAAUGCUGACUCUUUUAAACGAAAACCUAGAGUUGCUCAUCAACCCAAACCCAGUACAUCACCAGAAGACAGAGGCCCUUUAGUGGAGAUAAAGAUCGGCAGCUCCUUCCAGCCAGUAGAGAGUACAAGUCGUUCACCUCCAGCCUCCCAGAGCAGACCUAGACCAGGGUCAUCAGGAGGACAACCUAAGCCUCUUUCCCUUCCACCACUGCCGAAAGAUGUAGCCGUUGAAAAAUACUCAAGGCUACGGCUCAGAAAGCCACGGGUCUCCUCCAUUGAGAUGGACCACAAGAUGGGAGGGCGUCGUCUGAUACGUCUGUCAGAGUUGCCAGAGCGCUUGGCUCGGGAGAAGCUGGAGGACAGUGACUGGGUGACAUUUGCAGUGCUGAUUAACAAAGCAACACCACAAAGUAACAGCAGUGGCAAAACAUUCAGCAUCUGGAAACUGAAUGAUCUCCACAACCUGGAGGUAUGUGUGUCGCUCCUCUUAUUUGGUGAAGUCCACAAAGAGCACUGGAAGACAGAGCCGGGGACUGUCAUUGGUCUUCUCAACCCCAACCCCAUGAAACAGAAAGAGGGAUAUGAUGGUGUCAGCCUGACAGUCGACCACCCACAGAAAGUGCUGCUGAUGGGUGAAGCUCAAGACUAUGGCACAUGCAAAGCCAUGAAAAAGAAUGGAGAGCCCUGUUCACAGAUUGUUAACAUGUAUGAGUGUCAGUACUGCCAGUAUCAUGUCAAGGCUCAGUAUAAGAAGAUGAGUUCAAAGAGGGCAGAGCUGCAGUCUUCGUUUUCUGGAAAAGCUCCCAACAGGGUGAAGGGGAAGGGCGGUAACCUGAGAGAACGGCUGUGUCAAGACGGUUUCUACUAUGGCGGUGUAUCGUCAGCUGCCUGUGCUGCAUCACUGGUGGUGUCAAAACCCAGUAAACCUGUCCAGAAAAUUGACAAGCUGUUUGUGAAAGGCUCUUCUCAGCUUGUUGAUCAGGCCAAGAGACUGGCGAUGCAGUCGGGUAAAGUCUCAGGCUGUUCAGAUGAUUUUAAGAGUCUGAUGUUGAUGCCUACACCUGGAGCUUUGCAGCUGAAGAAACACCUGGCACAGGGCAAACAGUCAGUCCCCAAAGAUGGAAGUGGAGCUUCCAUUCAGUCCAUCUCAGCCUCAGACCUCUUGAAACAGCAGAAACAAAAGCAGCAGGAGCUCCUGGAGAACCGCCGACGGAGGGCAGAAACGAUACAGAACAAGGUGCUGCAGAGUUCAAGUGGAGCCAGACCUGGAUUAUCCCUGCCCAGAAGGGACGGUAUGAUGUCCCCGAAAGCUGCCUCUGAUGUCCCCAAGACCACCCAAAGCCCUGCGACACCAACUGGCCCCACACUGGGCCGAGGCUUCUCUGAGGGUGAAGACAUCCUCUUCUUUGACAACAGCCCGCCUCAAGUGCCUGCAUCCUCUUCUCAUAGCCUAUCAGCUGCUAAAAUGGCUGCUCUGAAGAAGCUGAGAGCCAAAGGGGCAGGACUUCAGAAGGAAGACCCCAAUGCGGUGAAGAGGAAACGGAGUAAUGGCAGCGAGAUAAAUGCCCGAGUGGAAAAGAAUCUGGUCUCACACAAUGGUGAAUCGGGCAGUAACGAUGAUGAGGAGGAACCAGCCCAGAAGAAGAAAAGAGAUCAACUCAAAUACAUCCAGUCAGAAGAGUUUCAGAAAAUCCUCAAUGCUCAAUCUCGUCAUGUGGUUGUCCUACAGGCGGCUGAAUAUCAGCUCCAGGAGCGCUACUUUGAUGCUCUGGUGAAGAAGGAGCAGAUGGAGGAGAAGAUGAAGGGCAUCAGAGAGAUGAAAUGUCGUGCUGUUAGCUGUAAAAAGUGUAAUUACACCUACUUCAAGCCUGCUGAUCGCUGUGUGGGAGAGAAUCAUGAUCUGCGGUGGCACGAUGCUGUGAAGCGUUUCUUCAAAUGUCCAUGUGGACAAAGAGCCAUUGCUCUUGACAGACUGCCACAUAAAACCUGCGGUAACUGUGGCCUGUUUAAAUGGGAGCGUGAUGGGAUGAUGAAGGAGAAAACAGGACCAAAGAUUGGUGGAGAGCUUCUGCUGCCUCGAGGCGAAGAGCACGGCAAGUUCCUCAACAGCAUGAAGUGAAAACACUUUCAUCAUGGUUGUCACCACAGCAGUCAACUCUCAAACAACUGAUAUUUUAGUGUUAUAAUUAAAUUGUCUUUGUAGCUUUUAUAUUUUAUGAAUUAUGUUUUUAAAUGUAGAUAUUAUUCUGUUGUUGAUUGUGACAAUUUACAUUUUUGGAAUUGUAUUGGAUGUGCUAGAAAUCAGCUGAUUAAAGUAAGAAUUUGUUA